CCCCAACAAAUCAAGUAAUUGAUGUGAUCCAACAUCCAAUAGAAUAAGAGAAAGAGAAAAAAAAAGAAGAGAAAAACAAAAAAAAAUCAAAAGAUAAAUGUGGAUUUUUCAAAAAAAAAAAAAACUUCUCCAAUAUAAAAAUCUUUUUCUAAAUGGAAAAAUCCCAUGAUUAACUGCCAACACGCUGCCUCUAUUCGCAACUUAUCCUCACUCUCUCUCUCUCGGAAGUUCGAACUGACGAAGCCACCACCGCACCACCGCCAACGGGCCCACCAGAAGACCACUACAAGCCCACCGCCCACUGCACCUUUGUGGCUCCGUCUAUGUGAAUAAUCAUCUGAAUUUCAAACUCCAAAUUUUGAAUUUAGUAGGUGUGUUUGAAUUCUAAUUAAUUCAAUAGAAAUUGCGUAGCAACAAUGGAAUGAACAUGCGCUGCUUCAGCAAACAUAUGUCUCUCUUCAGCCAGCCUUUGCUUUCUCUUCCGCUCCCUCCGCGAGGGGAAACACAUUUGUGGUAUGUGAUUCCAGAUGAAGUAAAGAACUUAUCACUUCUAAACCAGUAUCUGGAAAUCCUUUCGCCUACUGAGAAACAAAGUGUGCUUAGCUUCCAAGAAGAUGAGCGCAGGAAGAAUGCCCUCUUAGCUCGUGCCUUGGUUCGCACUACUAUUGCUAGAUCAUAAUCUAAAUAGGAAAUGCUGGAGUUACUAACUUACUCGAUUCAUGCUAGAUCAGACAAAUUCUUACAUUAACCCAAGAUCUCUGAAGUUUAAGAAAAACUCAUAUGGAAAACCCGAAGUUGAUUGGCCACAUGAACCUGACAUGAGUUGGCCAUCGUUGCAUUUCAAUCUGUCACACACUUCAUCCUUGAUUGCCUGUGGAGUUACGACAUGUUCUGCUAUUGGAAUUGACGUUGAAGAAAAGAAGAGAACAAUAAAGAAUAAAAUCUUGUCUUUUGCACGUCGCUUCUUCUCUCUGGAUGAAGUUGAACACUUACAUAGUAUUUUAGACCCGGAAAUACAACGUCAGGAAUUUAUAAAAUUAUGGACACUCAAGGAAGCAUACGUAAAAGCAUUAGGAAGGGGCUUUUCAGCUACUCCAUUCAAGACCUUCAGGAUUCACUUCAAAGCUUCUUCCAAAAAUAUGUCAAAUAUCCCAGAGGUUACUGAUCUGACGGAAUCUGAAAUUGCUGUUGAAUCGACUCAGUUUCCAAAUGGACGAUGGCAGUUUGCGCUUCUUGACCUGGCUGAUACUCAUUAUACUGCUAUUUGCACAGAAAGUGAUAGCUUCAUUAAAGGAAACCCGUCUCCUAUGGCUUUAAGAGUGUGGAAGACAAUUCCCUUUUUAGAAGAUUUGUGUAUGUCGGGUACUGAUUCCGUAAUCACUGUCAAUGGGCUUGUCAAGCAGCUCAAAUCAUAAUCACUUGCAAUGAUCAAUUGUAGUAAUCAGAGUCAAGCAGCUCAAAUUAUUCAAUAGGUGAUUGUUUCUGAUGAUAAUCACAGAAUCGACGAAAUUAGUUACAACAAAAUGAUCAACAGAAGAAGAAAGCUAACUGGAGACCAGAAAUAGAUCAGUGAUAUUGUGAUAUAGUAAAUUUAAUCAGUUCCAAGCUGGAAUUGGUUAAUUAAUUCCUGGGAGCUGUGGAGCUGUAUUCUCCUCAUUUUACUUGUACCGAUAUCCCACAUUACGCAGAAAAUAGGUAGAGCUGUGAUGUUUAGUUGAAGUAUAUAAAAUUUCUCCAUUCGUUUUUUCAGAUUUUUCUGCCUAUGGUUUCUCAUUAUGUAUGUGUGAGAGAGCAUUACUAAUGAGUUAUCCUCUAACCCAAUUUAAUUUACAACUCUCAUUUAUUA